UAUUUGAUAAUUCAUAAGAAAUCUAGAGGACAGUUUUUUGGGGAUCAUGCUACGAACUACAUCUGCAUCUUAUAGCUAUUAAAAUUUAAAUUGUUUCAAAUAAUAUAUUUUAUGAAUUCUAAAAUUUUAAGAAUUCUGACACAGUUAUUUAAAGAUGCUAUCGAAUCUAUUUUUAUAAAGACUGGAAAUCGAGAUAUUUUUAUUUGAGUAGACAAAAUUUCGAAUAAUCUUAGAACGGAUCACUUACAAGAUGUCAUCGACGGUUUUGUUGUUCUUAUAUCUGAAUAUGCUCUACUUAACUUGCUGUGAUGUAAGCGUUUCAAGACUAUCCAAAAUAAACACAAAUUUAUCAAGUGAUGAAAGUGUCACGGAAACGCAACAAGCAUCUUGUAAAAUUGCUACGGAAAAAUUAGUUACUAGUGCACAUGCAAGUAUCACGAGAGUACUUACUGGAACUUGCAAUACAAAAAUGAUCGAUGAAAAGCUACAAGCUUUAGAAAAAAAUCUAACUAAAGAAUUGGAAGAAAUCAAGAUAUUACUUUACACAAUUCUAGAGAUUAAAAAAGACUUGCCAAAGUUAACGAAAUUAUUCGAUGACUAUCACGAAGAAAGUGAGAUAUUAACUCCAAGACAAUUUGAAAUCGAUAACUUCAAUAAUACGAUCCAAAGAAUUUCAACGUUAAACGGAUCCGCAAACUUCUUUUUUUAUUAUUGGCAAAUAAAACAUUUUGAUGAGAAACUUGCCAAUUGGAAAACUGCUCGUUUCAUACGCAGUUCAACAUUUUAUGUAGGCCACAAUGGAUAUGCCAUGUACAUCAAAGUUACACCGCGAUAUUUUCCGGACGGUACAAUUUUCAUAGGGGUCGGAUUAACUCGUGGUUACCACGAUUCCAUUCUUGAGUGGCCAUUUCCUUAUAAGAUUCGUCUCGAGAUUUUAGAUCAUUCAUCCAAGGAAUCACAACGAGAUCGACGAUCACGAAUCUGGGAUCCAUCCAUGCUUUGUUCGGAAUAUUUUUGGGGUCGUCCAAAAUUAAUUGGAGAACCAGAUAAUCCAGAAUGCGUUGGAUUGAGCGUUCCACGACAAAUUCUUUUCUAUAAAUUGCCGUUUUCAAUCGAUCACUUAUCGAGCAAUACGAAAUAUCUUUGGAAGGGAAGUAUCACAAUAAAGUUAACAAUUUAUCUUUAGAUGAUUUUAUUUCUGAUGAUCAUAUAUAUAUAUAUAUAUUUAUAUAUACAUAUACAUAUAAUA